AUGUCUUCCCCGUUAAAGGUCUUCGAAAAUGCAGAAUACAAAAAUCAAACCCACAUCACUGAAUUCAUUCUGCUGGGGUUUGGCGAUCAUCAGGUACUGCAAGUUCUUCUAUUCAUACUGUUCCUCCUCAUCUAUGCUGUGACCAUGGGUGGAAAUAUCCUCAUUAUUCUGCUGGUUGCCAUGGAUCAACAUCUGCAUACCCCCAUGUACUUUUUCCUUGUGAACCUCUCCUGCUUGGAGAUCUGCGGCAGCUCAAAUAUCUUGCCAAGAAUGUUAUCCAGUUUUCUUAUGGAAAGAAAGACCAUUUCCAUCAGUGCAUGUUUUGUGCAAAAUGUUAUCUUUGGUUCUACAGGAGCUGUAGAAUGUUACGUAUUAUCUGUAAUGUCCUAUGACAGGUUCUUAGCUAUAUGUAAACCACUGCAUUAUGUCAACAAGAUGAAUGGCAAGUUGGGUCUCCAGCUGAUAGCUAUCUCUUGGCUUAGUGGUUUCCUGUUAAGUGGGGUGACAGUGAUCUCAAUAUCCAUGUUAGAAUUCUGUGUUCGCAAUGAAAUUGACCAUUACUUUUGUGACACCUUUCCAAUCAUAGAACUAUCUUGCAAUGACACUCAUAUAUUUAAACUGUUUCUGUACGUUUUAUGCUCUAUAAUCACCUUUCCACCAUUUACAUUGACCUUAACAUCUUACACUUACAUCAUUGUAGCCAUAAUGAAAAUUCCUUCCACCACAGGAAAGCGAAAGGCAUUUUCGACAUGUUCCUCUCAUCUUUUGGUAGUUAGCAUGUUUUAUGGCACGCUGAUUACUAUCUAUGUGAUUCCAAGUAGCAGUAGACUGAGAGGUCUUCACAAAGUUUUAUCUGUCUUCUAUACCAUCUUGACCCCCAUGCUAAAUCCCAUCAUAUACAGUUUGAGAAAUAAAGAGGUGAAGGAUGCUUUGAAAAGACUUACAUUAUCCUUGCUUGCUCAAAUUCAGAAUAAAAUGAGAUAUAGAGACAGUGAUUUCUCUCUCUCGUAA